AUGGUGUUGCUUUUGAACCCGAUAGUGGAGAAUAUCGUGUUGGCUAUACAGACGUGCCUUCGCCGGGAAGAACAGGUCUUUGACGUACCCAACGGCCCUAAACCUGAGAGCUUCAAGGACCAUGGCUUACUGACUGAGUCGAACAUGUGGGAUAAUUCUCUGGCGGAGUUGUUAAGAAAACUGAACGGAAUGGCGGACAACUUGAGUUCCUUAUUAUUCGCGCCCUGGGCAGAAGCGACGGACCAGAUGACCGCGACCUUUCUGCGUACUGUUGAUGCGGUUGGAGACCAACUGUAUGAGUACUUGGAUGGUCAAAGACCAGCCUACACACCACCGAAUCCACCGAAGCAAAUCUUUGUGAAAAAAACCUCGACUGCGCCCAGCAAGUUCAAUAAAGGUUACCAAGGUAUAUCUAGGUAUCUCGCAGCCGCGAGAACGCGGACUCUGCCGAUCCAGCAGUCCAACUUCUGGUUACCGGCCAAUAGGCCAAAUUUGCUCGCCGUACCGAAGACCUUCCAAGAUUUCCUGGAACUAUCCGCUAUACAGAUCUACGACUUGGCACUGCUUCUCUGGGGAACUCGAGCCUCUCCUCAAGGGUUAUCCGGCGCGAAAUCCUUUGCAAAUGAAUUCGAUUACCACCAUGAAUACUGCAGACUAGUACGGGAUGAGACCUCCCUUAUAUUUAAUGUACCUAUGGAAUUUCUUGGGAUCUGCUUAAUGCAACACGGACUCACUCCUACGGAAUCCCUUCUUUCUAGUCCCACUGCCAAAGCCCCCGGUCUGCCCCGACCUGGAUCCCAGUCUGGAACUCUGCCUGGAGCGGUGGGGGAACGAAAGCGUUUCGACUGGUCUAAAGCGAGGUUUGGAGGGGGAGGUUUGGACCAUGCCAGGGAGUUGUUGCUGCAUUCCCUGCAAGCCAUUUCGGGGGCUGCGGGGCAGUCUAGUGAGUUCCCGUACACUUUGAUUGCAAUGGCGAUGAUACACGAAUAUUCUGCGUUGAUGGAAAUGCAUGAGAGGCUCGGGCGUCUGCAGCAAGUAAGCAUCACUGACUUGCCGAUGGCUGGAAUCAAGAGACACGGUAUGGUGGCCUCGCUGAUCGCUUUAAUCCGAAGAACCGAUAACAGCGGGCUCUGCAAGGCUUUAAUUGUAGAGCUAGACGAGUGGAAACGAUUGGCUGAGGGUCGCCUCAUUUGGCCCGAGCUCGACCGGACGGCGGAGCUGUGCCGCAGGAAAGGAGUGGAAACGGGAUCGGCAAGCACUUCGCCGCGUGUGCUUUGUCCUGUGACCCAACUGUUGCCCAUAACGGAGCUAGCAAAGGGUCGCAGCGGCUGCAUACCACCUAGCUUCGUGUGUGGCUCCACACCCUUAUUUUGCGAAAUAGCAAAAAGCGCCAUUUUCUUCUCUGUGACCGAUGGUGACCAUUGUAAUCUCGCCAACCGUCUGCUGCCCCAUAUACGCAACUGGAAUAUCGUUGCUGGUGGCAACCGCAAAAUGCGCAACUGGCUGCAACAUCUGUACGGCGAUAUCGCGCACACUCCGGACAUCUUCGGACUACUGCCCAAACUGAGAAUUGGAGCAGACACUAGUGGACCCUUCCUGCCGCCUCUGCAGUGGGACACAGUCGCGCGACACUCCGCUGUGUACAGCGACGCGGAUCUGCCUUCAAUCAAACUACUCACAUCUGCUAAGGAUCAUUUCAGUCCCGAACCUCUGCUGACCUCUGAGCUUUCGAUUAAGAAGAUCGUCGUCACCUACAAACAGAGCUACGGAGGCGGUCUUUUGCACGUAUGCUUCCGGGAUGUCUGUCUCAACUGGUACAUGCUUAACGGGCAGAUAUAA